UUUUCUUCUCAACAAAAUAAUCUUUUGAAUGAAAUAAAAGUAAAAAUGCCAAAUAAAAACAUUGAAAUGUUCAGAAUUGCAUUUGUCGGAGCUUGUGGUGCGUUGGUUUGGUUCUUAAGGCGCCAUUUUAGCGGUGCAUUUUGCAAAAAUGACGUAAAUUUACGAGGAAAAACAGCGUUAAUCACAGGAGGGAAUACUGGUCUUGGCAAAGCAACUGCACUUGCUUUGGCUCAGAGAGGAGCAAGAGUCAUUCUUGCUUGUCGCAGUUUAAAACGAGGUGAUAAAGCCGCUUCAGAAAUACGAUCACAAGUGAAGAAUGCAAAUAUCGCCGUGUAUUUUUUGGAUUUAUCUUCCCUAAAAUCUGUACGAAAAUUUGCGCAGGAUUUUUCGAGAGCUGAAAGUGAGCUUCAUAUUUUGGUGAAUAAUGCUGGAAUAUAUGGUUGCCCGCAUUGGAAGUCUGAAGAUGGUUAUGAAAUGCAAUUUGCUGUGAAUCAUCUCGGCCAUUUUCUGUUGACAAAUCUUUUAUUGGACACACUAGCCAUGUCUGCUCCAAGCAGGAUAAUAGUUGUUAGCAGCGCUCUCCACAAGAAUGCUAGGAUUCCAUUUGAUGAUCUGAAUGGUGACAAGGACUAUCAUCCCAAGAAAGCAUAUGGACAGAGCAAGCUUGCAACCUUGUUGUUUGCACAUGAACUGAACAAACGUCUACCAUCAGGAGUUACUGUGAAUUCAGUUCACCCUGGAAUUGUUUGGACAGAACUUGCUAGAUAUAGUUCAUUCAACCCUAUUCUUAGAUAUCUUGCCUAUCCAUUUUUACUGCUUAUAUUAAAAACUCCUUGGCAAGGAGCACAGACUACAAUAUAUUGUGCCACUGAGCCAUCAUUGCAAGAGGUAUCUGGACUAUACUUUGGUGAAUGUGAACCUCAAGAAUGUGCCCCACAUGCAAGGGAUGAUGGGAUUGCUAAAAAACUUUGGGAUGUCAGUGAAAGAAUGACUGGCUUGCGGGAAAAAUAAGCUGCACCAAUGCUGUUUAUA